GGCAGGAGCAGGAGCUCGAGCGAGCGAGCGAGCGAGCGAUCGCAGCCCGCCCGGCUUCCUCUCCAGCAUCCCGAGCCCGGGAUUGCAGGUGAGCGGGAGACUUAAAACCAUUCCAGGAUGGCUUAUUUUUUGGCGCUGUUCUCUUUGCUGGCCAUGCAAAGUGUGUUGAUAGGGGCAACAUUCCCAGAUGAAACCAUAGCUGAGUGGUCAGUGAAUAUGUAUAACCAUCUUCGAGCCACUGGGGAAGAUGAAAACAUUCUCUUUUCUCCACUGAGCAUUGCCCUCGCAAUGGGAGUGAUGGAGAUCGGGGCUCAAGGGUCUACUCUGAAAGAAAUUCGCCAUUCAAUGGGAUACGAUGGCCUGAAGAACGGUGAAGAAUUUUCUUUCCUAAAAGAUUUUUCUAACGUGGUCUCUGCUGAAGAGAGCCAAUAUGUGAUGAAAAUUGCCAAUUCCCUCUUUGUGCAAAAUGGAUUUCAUAUCAAUGAUGAGUUCUUGAAAAUGAUGAAAAAGUACUUUAAUGCAGAAGUUAAUCAUGUGGAUUUCAGUCAAAAUGUAGCUGUGGCCAACUACAUCAAUAAGUGGGUGGAGAAUUAUACAAACAGUCUGUUGAAAGAUUUGGUAUCUCCAAGGGAUUUUGAUUCUGUCACUCAUCUGGCCCUCAUCAAUGCUGUGUAUUUCAAAGGGAACUGGAAAUCACAGUUUAGACCUGAAAAUACCAGAACGUUUUCUUUCACUAAAGAUGAUGAAAGUGAAGUACAGAUUCCAAUGAUGUAUCAACAAGGAGAAUUUUAUUAUGGAGAAUUUAGUGAUGGAUCCAAUGAGGCUGGUGGCAUCUACCAAGUCCUAGAAAUACCCUAUGAGGGAGAUGAGAUCAGCAUGAUGCUGGUACUGUCCAGACAGGAAGUUCCACUGGCCACACUGGAGCCUCUACUCAAAGCACAGCUGAUUGAAGAGUGGACAAACUCUGUUAAGAAACAAAAGGUGGAAGUCUACCUGCCCAGGUUCACAGUGGAACAGGAAAUUGAUUUAAAAGACACCUUUAAAGCCCUUGGAGUCACUGAAAUUUUCAACAAAGAUGCAAAUUUGACUGCCAUGUCAGAUAAGAAAGAGCUGUUUCUCUCCAAAAUUGUUCACAAGUCCUUCAUUGAGGUUAACGAAGAAGGGUCAGAAGCAGCUGCAGCCUCCGGAAUGAUUGCAAUUAGCAGGAUGGCUGUGCUGUACCCCCAGGUUAUUGUCGACCAUCCAUUUUUCUUUCUUAUCAAGAUGAGGAGAACUGGUAGAAUCUUAUUCAUGGGACGAGUCAUGCACCCGGAAACAAUGAACACAAGUGGACAUGAUUUUGAGGAACUUUAAAUGAUGACGUUUGAGUGAAAAAGGAAGCAGUAAUAAAGCACAUUAUGUUUGCAAUUGGUAUAUAUUUAGGAUUUUUGUUUUAGAGGAUUACUUAAGGUGAUAUUUAGAAUAGUUCUGGAUAGAAGUAAUACAUGUGACCUAUCAGUCAGCCUGUCAAGAAAUGUUAUCAGUAUUAAGGUUAUGGUCCUGUUAUGUUAUUGUGUCUGUUGUGCUGUUGUUUAAAAUAAAAGUAUAUAUCGAA